CGGGGCUGGGCGACCAUGGCCGCCCCUCUUUCCCUCACGCUGGUGCUGGGCGAGGCCUCGGAGAGCGACUCAGAGCCGGAGCCGGAGGGGGGCGCGGCCGGGACCCCCGCAGCGGGGCUGAAGGUUCCGGGGGAGGCGUCGGAGACCGAGGAGGAGGAGGAAGAGGACAGUGCGGCCCGAGUGCCGCUGCCAGGGGUGUCCCGGGGAGGCCCCUCACUGCUGCAGCAGCGGCUGGGGGCGGGCGAGGGGCGGCUGGGGCGGCUGCGGGGCGCGAUGGCUGAGGCACUGGGAGGCAGUUUCGGUGGGGCUGCGCGGCUGCUGGAAGGCCUGGGGGGGCCCCUGGGCCAAGCGCCAGCUGGGGCAGCUGCCACCGCGCACUGCCUGUGCCUGGUGCGCCGUGACCUGCGCGCUGUGUCUGCCACCGUGGCCACCAUCACCGCCUGCCACCUGCUGCCCGACAUCUGCGGGGAGCUGUGAGAAUGGGAACACCGGUGGGGCAGUGCUGGCAGCCGUGGGGAGCUCCUGGCGUCGUUGUUGCAGUGUCACUGUCGCUCACCGCCAGUGCUGUG